GCGCGAGCCCUGCUCAGUACCCGCCUCUCCCGGCCCGCGGGCUGCCCCCCCCGCCCCGCUGCUGAGCGCCGCUCGCCGGCCGCUGCCUUUCCCGCCCCGCCGAGCGUUGCCGCGGCUGCCGGCCCCGCUGCGGCUGGGAGCGGCGCGGCGGGCUGAGCGCCUCCGCCGGACUGGGAGUUGGCCGUCGGGCGGCUGCCUUGUGCCCGCCACCUUCUCACCUGACAGGGGCAACUUCCCCCCCCCCCCCGGCAGACGGACCGGACCGGGCUCCUCCCUGCCUCCGGCUCGCCCGGGCUUCGAGGCGCCGCGCUGCGCUGCGUUGCGCGCUCCCUCCCUCCCAGCUGCCACGUGAACCAGGGACCUUCAUCUUCAUGACAGAAGAGAGCAUCAUGGCCUUUAGGAUUCAAGUUUUUACUAGCCUGAGGAUUGACCGGGACUGAAAGAUUCUGGGUUACUCAUAAGUCUCCCCAAACUAACACACAAACACACACACGCAGUCCCUCUCUCCUUAUUGCUACCGUUAUUGGUUGUGAGUAAAAAUGGCAUCCAGUCUUACUUGCACUGGGAUGAUAUGGGCACUUCUCUCCUUCCUCUGCGCUGCUGCCUCCUGCAUAGGAUUCUUUAUGCCUUACUGGCUGUUGGGGUCUCAGCUGGAGAAGUCAGUGUCCUUUGGCACUUUCCGGAGGUGUUCCUAUCCAGUGCGGGAUGAGAGCCGCCAGACUACAGUGAUGGUAGAGCAGUGUGGCCGCUAUGCAUCCUUCCAGGCCAUCCCAAGUGCUGAGUGGAGGAUCUGCACUGUGGUGACAGGGCUGGGCUGUGGCCUCCUCCUUUUGGUGGCGCUGACUGCACUCAUGGGCUGCUGUGUGUCUGAGCUCAUCUCCAGAACUGUGGGCCGGGUAGCAGGGGGCAUCCAGUUCCUGGGAGGCUUGUUGAUUGGCUCUGGCUGUGCUCUCUAUCCUUUGGGUUGGGACAGUGAAGAAAUUAGACAGACCUGUGGUAACCUUUCCAACCAGUUUGAAUUGGGUACUUGUGAAAUUGGCUGGGCUUACUACUGUACCGGAGGAGGAGCAGCUGCCGCUAUGUUAAUCUGCACUUGGUUGGCUUGCUUCUCUGGCAAGAAACAGAAACAAUACCCUUACUGAGGCUGGCAGCCUGAGAGUCCAGUUUAGAGAAUGAAUGAGCUUCAAGAGGCCGAAGUGACUUGCAGACUUCUUCUUCUGAAAAAAGUGCUUUAGCUCCUAACUGCAGAACAGACAGUAUGAAAUGAGAAUGCAUGUGGUCAAGGAAGUGAGGUGACACUGUGGAUUGCGGGGAGGGUGGGGAGUCUGGAAAGCUGGACCAAACACUGCGAAUCUCGGAAGGCAUGGGCAGUUCUUGCUUGAUAGAGUAUAUUUCUGAUCUGUUCUGGAAGAAUUCAAUUUUACGAGCUAGGAAUGCUCCCCUUUGGUAAAUUGUGAAAGGUAUGGGUGUACCAAUGAAUUGAAAGACUGGUGAAAAUAAUAUUUUGGGUAGGGUAUAAUCUUCCAAAGUUCCCCUUCAGCACAAAACACACACACACACACACACACAUAUAGACCAUGGCACAGAAGAAAUAAAAUGCAAACUUAUUGGUGCAUUUUUUCUUUUUUUUAUUCAUUUGAUGGUUUAAAAUUCAAUGUUAUACCACUUUUUAAAUGACACGUGAAACCUAAUAAAUGGACAAAUAAGUCACUUUAACAUUAUUUUGUAUAUUCUCUCUACUCUUUUUCCCAAAACAUUUAUUCACUGCUUAUUCAAUCCUAUAGAAUUUUUAUUUAGCUUCUGUGUUUUCAGCAUUAUUACAAACAUGCGACAUUUUACUCAGCAUAUAUAGGGGCUUUGCCCAUAGUACUAUUAUGAAGGGCAGUAAAUGGACAUCUUUCAGUCCAUGGAGAAUUCCACUCAUGGCACUGUAGGAUAUUGUCGGUUACGUAAGAAUAAUGGGAAACGUCUUCCAGAUAUAGAUUUUGUCAUUGUUACGUUUAGCUCAUUGUGGUUGUAUUCUGCUGUAUCAUGUUUAUCAUUUCAAUAUUCAUUUUUGUAAAAAAAAGUAUAUAAAUGUGCUAUUAUGUUUGUAUUUGAAAAUCUCUGUAAAUAAAUUUUUCUUGGCUCAGUA